AUGCAUUUAAUUCCUAUUAAACGACCAACAAGUGCUAGUAGUACAAGUAGUAAUUCUCGUUCUGCAUCAAUAAAUCAACGAACACGUUCUAAUUCAUCAUCAGCAUCUAUGAUAACAAAUCGACAAAUAUCAACAACAUCACGUUCAUCAUUAAAAACAAAAUCGACUAAACAAAUAAAUAAUAUAUCUACUCAAAGUAAUUUAUUAGGUAAAGUUGAUUUAGAUGAUGAAGAUGAUUUAUUAACAAAAUAUCAAACAAAAAAACAUUCAAUAGAAUUAAAUGAUAUUGACAAUAAUAAUAAUAAUAAUGAAUUUCUAUCAACAAUGAAUAAAUUUAAUUCUAAUAUUCAAACAAUGAUUGAUUCAAAAUGGAAUGAUAUGAAUCAAGACAUAAUUCCAGAGAGAUAA